AUGCCAUUUCUAUCGUACGCCCAUAUCCUUGAACUCCAGCAACAGCUGGAAGGCACCCGGGCUAGGGUGAUAUGCGCCGGUUCGGACGAGUAUGCUGAGAGCAUUAAGCGAUGGAGUGAUACGUGCGAGAAAGAAGCUGGCGCAGUAGUUAAAGUCACCACCACGUCCGAGGUCUCUGAAGUGAUUGAGUUUGCCCGAAAGCAUCGUAUCUCUUUCGUUGUAGAAGCCGGGGGACAUUCCACCACUGGAUCCUCAGCAUCGCAUGGUGGUAUUGUAAUCAGUCUUUCUCAGAUGCGGAAGGUCCUCACAGACCCUGCUUCAAAGACAGUUUGUGUACAAGGUGGCGCAACUUGGCAGGAUGUCAACAGCUCUACGGCUCCCUAUGGCUUAGUGGUUGUAGGUGCGACUUCAAGUCAUGCCGGCGUCGGAGGAUCGACAUUGGGGGGAGGUUACGGAUGGCUGACAGGAAGGUAUGGUCUGAUUAUUGACAGCCUGCUGAGUGUCAAAAUGGUGCUCGCAGAUGGGUCCAUCGUCGAAGCGUCGGAAACUACUUCCCCGGAUCUUUUCUGGGCGGUUCGAGGUGCCGGACAAGCCUUCGGCGUGGUGACCGAGCUAGUCUUCCGUGCGUAUGACAUGAAACAUCAUGUGUUCGGGGGAGCCCUGUACUUUACACCAGAGAAGUUACCGAAGAUUGUGGAUUUUGCCAAUGAGUUUCACCGUCGCAUGGAUGUGAACAGCGGUUUCAUGUUCGGGUUCACGGCCCCACCGUUUAUGACAGAGACGGCUGUACUGGUCGUUCCUUUUUACAAUGGCACCAGGGAAAAGGCAGAAGACUUUUUCGAACCCCUCCUAUCAGCUAGCCCUGUUGCGGGAAAAGCCGAUAUGAUGUCUUAUACGAGACUCAACGCAGUGGCUAAUAUAGAACCGUCUCCGGAGGGCCGCAAAAACAUCAACGGGACCAAUAUUUCCCUACCACUUGACCCCGACUUUGUGCACGACGUAUACAACCAAUUCGACAGGGUAAUGAAAAGUUGUCGAAGGGUGGGGAAUAGUGUGCUCAUGUUUGAGCUGCUGCCAUAUACUCACAUACUUGAAGUACCGUUGGACGCUACGGCUUGUGCUAAUCGAGGCCGGUACUACAAUGUUGGCUCGGUCUUCUGCUGGCAGGAUCCAGAUCUCGACCAUAAAAUGCUGACUGAGCAGCAAGAUAUUAUCUCUAAGAUUGAGAAUUGCGGAUCCCGUGAUGAGGGCGAAAAUCAUGUAGCCGCAUAUGCCAACUAUGCUGGACAUAAUAUCAGUUCUGCAAAGCUUUUCGGCGAGAACUUAGAACGGCUACAGCAGCUGAAGAGGACUUACGAUCCCAACAAUGUGUUCAGAAGAUGGCAUGACCUCCUCCAUCCAAGGAACGGAUCACACGCAGGAUAA